AGCUUACUCGGCGUGAUACAAGCUAUUGGGUCACGAUAUGACAAAGUCCAUUUCCCUGUUUAACGCUGUGCUCAUCGCCCGUUAUAGUAUACCCCGCUUCUUAUUAUUGCUGACGGGCGCACCCGCUACAGAUGUGAAGGAGGUGUAUAUAAUGGCACUUGACCUAUACAGUAGCUCCACUAACUUAAAUUAGGCCAGCGGACGCAACUUUUUACUUCGUAACGAAACAGCCCAGUCCCCCGCCUUUUCACGCACACACCCUCGAUUCUAUGAAAAGCUGGCUGAAACAAUCUAGAGCGUCAGGCUUGGACGACCUGGAACUUGCCGACUUCUCGGAUACUGGCCGCAGUGUCAGAACGCUGCAGCGAUUCGACGAAGGAGAAAAAAUUCUCACCAUUCCACAUGGCGUUCUCUGGACAGUCAAACACGCAUAUGCUGAUCCCUUCCUUGGGCCAGCCCUUCUCUCUACACGGCCGCCCUUGUCUGUCGAUGACACCUUGGCUACGUAUAUUCUCUUCGUCAGAUCGUGCGGGUCGGGAUACGAUGGCUUGCGAAGCCAUGUGGCGGCGCUGCCUGCGAGCUACACUUCGAGCGUCUUCUUUGCGGAGGCCGAGCUGGAAGUUUGCGCGGGAACUUCGCUCUACACUACCACGAAGCAACUGGAUCGACAGAUCGAGGACGAUUAUAAGGCAUUGGUAGAGCGACUAUUUAGACGACAUCAAGAACUAUUUCCACGCGACAAAUUCACCAUCGAAGAUUACAAGUGGGCUCUCUGCACCGUGUGGAGUCGUGCGAUGGAUUUUAAGCUGCCCGAUGGAGAUUCGACUCGACUUCUGGCGCCCUUCGCGGACAUGUUGAACCACUCGCCUGAGGCUAAGCAGUGUCACGUCUACGAUGGCUUUUCUGGAAACCUCUCUGUUCUUGCCGGGAAAAACUACGGAUCGGGAGAUCAGCUUUUCAUCAAUUAUGGACCUCUUCCAAACAAUCGUCUUUUACGUCUCUAUGGCUUUGUCGUACCCGGUAAUCGCAAUGAGAGCUAUGAUCUCCAAAAGCAGAAACUCUGGUUAUCGUCUGGGCUCGAUUCGACCUCUACCAUCUCUCUUACGCUCACCGACCCGCUGCCAAGAAGCGUCCUUCGAUAUCUCCGUAUUCAACGGUUGAACGAAUCGGAUCUUGCUAUAAUAGCGGCUCAUCAAAGCGAUGCUGCAGUUGAGAAAAUCAGCGAUUCAAACGAAGUGGAAGUCCUGGGGUUUCUGAUAGAAUCGAUCUUUGAUCUUCUCGACGGUUUCGGAACUCAACUCGUAAAGCUGGAGGAGCAGCUCGUGGAGGGGUUCUAUUCUCCGGGAGGGAACGCAUGGUCGGCGGCGCACGUCAGCUUGGGUGAACAGCGGGUGUUGAGAUUGACGAGGAAGACAACGGAGGAUUUGUUGGCGACGGUAGAGAGCGGAAGUGGAAAUGAGCGGGGCCUCUUGUCGGCACCGCCCCAAUGCGCGAAGUGCGAAAAGGUUUCUGUGCAGUUGAUGCGCUGCGGAAGGUGCAACAAGGUUACGUACUGCGGGCGGGCGUGCCAAGUCGCCCAUUACAAAGAGCACAAGGCGAUGUGUCAAGCUACAGCUUCUGGGAUUGGUUCUGAGAGGAAUUAA